GGGUGAUUCGUUUUGCAAGUCAGCGAGGAUGAGGCCGGUUUUCGUUGGCAACUUCGAGUACGAUACUCGCCAAUAUGAGCUGGAGCGUCUCUUCUCCAAGUAUGGGAGGGUUGAGCGUGUUGACAUGAAAUCUGGAAAUCUAGUGGAAAAUGAGCUGGGCUUCUGUCUGACUCACGAUUCUAUGCUCACAAUUUCUUUUGGAAAGGAAGCCAAUCAUGCUUCCUUUUAUCUUCUGCCACGCAUGGGUUCAACAUUCUGAUUACUAGUAGUAUCCUUCACUCUCCCACCUUGCUGCUAAGAGCUUCCAGUAGAAGGAGUGGUCAUGGUGGGAUCAGUAAUAUAUGCCACAUGUACAGAUAAUAGGACGGUGAAUGUGAAUGAAUCUCGCCACUCAUGCCAUGCCCUCCAUUUCCCCAAGUUGUGCUCUCUGACUGCUGAAGUAUGCUUACCAAUGACAUGUCAGACCCAAGAAUUUGGACUGAAAUCUUUAGCUUUGCAUUUGUCUAUUUUGAGGAUGAGCGUGAUGCUGAAGAUGCUAUCCACGGCCUCGAUGAUGUCCCAUUUGGCUAUGAAAGGCGCAGAUUGUCAGUUGAGUGGGCUAAGGGUGAACGUGGACGGUACGGAGCUGGUUCUAGGUCGAUGCCGAACCAGAGGCCCACUAAAACACUGUUUGUUAUAAACUUUGAUCCCCUUCGCACAAAUGCUCGUGAUAUAGAAAGACACUUUGAGCCCUAUGGGAGAAUACUUAAUGUUCGAAUCCGGCGUAACUUUGCAUUUGUGCAGUUUGAGACACAAGAUGAUGCUACAAGAGCUCUCGAAUGCACUCACAUGAGCCUGACAUAUUUGGAUGCACUUCUGGUGUUCAGCAAGAUGUUAGAUAGGGUGGUAUCUGUUGAAUAUGCUUUGAGAGAUGAUGAUGAGCGGGAUGACAUCAGAGGAAGCUAUGGUCGCCGUGGGAGUAGUCCUUAUGGGCGGUCACUGAGCCCUGGAUAUCGCCGUCGGCCUAGCCCUGAUUAUGGUCGUGGUCGCAGCCCUGGUUAUGACCGAUACAGUGGCCUAGCUUACAGAAGCCCUGUUUAUGAUAGAAACAGGAGUUCAGAGUACGGAAGAUAUCGCAGCCGCACGCCCAUUCGAAGAUGAAAGAACUUGGUGACCUUUCUGUGAGGAUCAGCAUCUAGCUUUUCGACCAGGCUUUGCAAUGUUGGCUUGAGCAAGAGAUGCUCUCUCUGUGCGUGCAAUUAUGUGCACUCUGAAAGUAUACCUGGUUAUCGAUAGCUGUAGUUAUCUUUUCUCGUUUCCUGGUAACCAUGGAUAUAGUUGUAAGUUACAGCACAGGUAUCCUUUUUCUAUUUGCCCGACUGAUGGAUUGUGUUGAUUUGCUUCAAGUUGGACGUUUUUGGCACAUUAUCUCGUAGUGUGUUAGCAUAUAUAUAGUUGUCAGUUGCAGCA